AUGACAACAAAGCAAUCCACUCUACAUGAACAGACAUCUCUGUCACCAAGCACUGAGCCAGUAGUAGCUGGAUUAUCCAAUGUCAAGCAUAUCAUCCUUGUUCUCUCCGGAAAAGGUGGUGUAGGCAAAAGUACUGUCGCUACAGAACUUGCCCUUGUUCUCGCCGACUCUGGAAACAGAGUCGGUGUGCUGGAUAUCGAUUUAACUGGACCAAGUCUUCCAGAAAUGUUUGGAUUGGCUGGACAGCAAGUUCAUCAGUCUUCUGCAGGAUGGAUUCCUGUAUAUGCAGAUCAAACCAAACAGCUUGCAAUGAUUAAACAGUUUCUGUCAGAUGUUGCCUGGGGAAACUUGGAUUAUCUAAUCAUUGAUACUCCUCCAGGCACGUCGGAUGAACAUAUUUCUAUUGUCGAAUAUCUUCAAGAGUUUAAUCCUGACGGAGCAGUCAUUGUUACUACUCCACAGGCAGUUUCGCUUGCAGAUGUUCGUAAAGAAAUUAGCUUUUGUCGCAAAGUCAAUCUUCCUAUUCUUGGUCUUGUUGAGAACAUGAGUGGCUUCAUCUGUCCUCAUUGCACAGAAUGUUCGGAUCUGUUUUCCAAAGGUGGCGGCGAAGCUCUCGCUACAGAAAAAGAUAUCCGAUUUCUAGGACGCAUACCGAUUGAUCCUCAACUCAGCAUUAUGAUUGAAACCAGUCGGUUUGCAGAUACAUUUCGUAAUUCUCCACUGCAUGCCAUGUUUUCAUCAAUCGCUGAAAAGCUAUUAUCUCCAGCAACAGCUGAUGAAACUAUAUAG